GAAACAUGCUGUGGUUAUCAAGACGAUGUAAACAUGGCGUCUGUGCUUCGAGUUGGAAGUCUGCUACGUGGAAUUUCUCGAGGGUAUGGCGUCGAAACGUGCCUUAAACGAUAUGCCUUUCUUUCAUGCACAUCGUGGCGUCACACUAGCUCAAGUUCAAGCACCCCUAAACUCAACAAACAUCUAAAAGAAGAUGCCGAGGUUGUCAUUAUCGGUGGUGGGGUCCUGGGCACCAGUAUUGCAUAUCAUCUGGCCAAACAGGGUAUGAAGGAUGUUGUCCUCCUUGAAAAAUCUGAAUUAACGGCUGGAUCGACAUGGCAUGCGGCUGGACUGACAACAUAUUUCCAUCCAGGGAUAAAUGUGAAACACAUCCAUUAUUAUAGCAUUCAGCUGUACUCAAAACUGGAAGAGGAAACUGGGCAAGAAGUUAGUUUCCACAAGCCAGGGAGUCUGAGGUUAUGUACAACACCUGACCGUAUGGAUGAAGCUAAAUAUCAGAUGCAACGGCAAGGGUGGCACAAAGCGCCACAGUGGCUUGUUACUCCUGAGGAAAUUGCAAAGAUGCAUCCUCUUCUUAAAAUGGACGAUGUCUUGGGUGGCCUCUUUAACCCUGAUGAUGGCCAUAUCGACCCUUACUCACUGACUCGAGCACUGGCCAUUGGCGCCAGGAAAUACGGAGCUGAUCUCUACAUGCCAGCUCCUGUCACUGGACUCAACCACAGAACAGAUGGUUGCUGGGAUGUGCACACAGAACAUGGAACCAUCAAGGCAAAAGAAGUCAUCAAUGCUGCAGGUUUCUGGGGCCGUGAAGUUGGCCUGAUGGCAGGAAUGGAUCUUCCUCUCGUAGCCAUUCACCAUCAGUAUGUUGUCACGUCCACCAUUCCUGAAGUCGCAGCUCUCAAGCAUGAAGUACCUGUGAUAAGAGAUCUUGAAGGCUCUUACUAUUGCCGUCAGGAGAGGCAGGGGUUGCUGUUUGGACCUUACGAGCAUCCUGACAAGAUGAAGUUACAAGAAGAAUGGUGGGAUGGUGUGACACCAGGCUUUGGAAAGGAACUGUUUGAAAGCGAUCUGGACAGAAUCAGUGACAAUACAGCCGCAGCGAUGGAGCGUAUACCUGUGUUGGCAGAUGCAAACAUUGCAAGUGUUGUGGCAGGACCUAUAACGUACAGUCCGGAUGUGCUGCCAAUGAUAGGCCCUGCUUUUGAUGUUCCCAACAUGUGGCUAGCUGUUGGAACUGGCUAUGGUAUUAUACAUGGAGGUGGUAUCGGCAAGUAUAUUGCCGAUUGGAUGAUGGAGGGGGAGCCACCUUACGAUCUGAAUGAGCUUGAUCAGGGUCGUUAUGGCAACUGGACAACAAAGGACUAUGUGAUGGCUAAGACAAGAGAGUCCUAUGGCUAUAAUAACCAAACUGGUCACCCCAAACUUGAACGACCAGCUGGACGUCCAGUAAGAAAGAAUGCUAUUUACGAGCGUCUCGUGGAGCGAGGUGCAGAAAUGGGAUUUCAUGUUGGUUGGGAGCAGCCAAACUGGUUUGCGCUUCCAGGUGACGAUGGAGGUUACAAGCCAAGUUUUCACAGGACAAACUGGUUUGAGCCAGUUGGGCGAGAAUAUGACUUGGUAUUGAACAAAGUUGGUGUUAUUGAUCUGACGCCAUUUGGGAAGUUUGAGGUGAAGGGCAAAGAUGCGUCGAGAUUUUUGGAUGUCAUGGUUGCUAAUGUUUUACCAAAGGUAAAUAAAUUAAAUUUUUAUAAGACACAGUAACUGUACACAAAACGUUACG